AUGGGAUCUCACGCACCUGUACCAAUCUCAGCCGAACCAACAGUGACCUAUUCCUCUGACCGUCUAGAGUCAGCAGGAGCAGAGUCAACAACAGUGGCCCCACCCGACUUCCGACUGCUCCACUUCAAUGACGUCUACCACCUCGACGCAUCCUCAGCCGAACCCGUCGGUGGCAUCUCACGCUUCAUGACCGCCGUCAACGAGUAUCGCAACGAUGAGCGGUACCAAGGGCAAGGCAAGCCGGAGCUGGUGACGCUGUUUUCGGGAGAUGUGUUCAAUCCGAGUCUGGAGAGUUCGGUGACGAAAGGAAGCCACAUGGUUCCUAUUCUGAACAAGAUUGGAACUCAGUGCGCUUGCGUUGGUAACCACGAUCUCGAUUUCGGCGUCCAACAAUUCCGCCACCUAACCUCCAAAUGCGCCUUCCCCUGGCUUCUCGCCAACGUCCUCGACCCAGCCCUGGGCGAAAACGUGCCCAUCGGCAACGCCGGCCACACCCACAUGAUCACGACUGCCAACGGGCUCAAGAUCGGCCUUUUGGGUCUAGGAGAGCGCGAAUGGCUAGAAACUAUCAACGCCUUGCCACCAAACCUCAUCUACCGCUCCGCGACCGAAGUAGCCAAAGAACUCGUCCCCCAACUCCGCGCCCAAGGAGCUGAUCUCAUCGUCGCCCUAACACACAUGCGCGAACCGAACGAUCACAAGCUAGCGAGGCAGAUGGCGCCAGGGGAGAUUGACAUCAUCCUGGGCGGCCACGACCACUUCUAUGCGCAUAGCCUUAUAAACGGGACGCAUGUCUUGCGAUCAGGGUCCGAUUUCAAGAACCUUUCUUAUCUCGAAGUUCGCCGACCUGCUUCGCCACCAGCGCCCGAUCAACCAAAAUGGGACGUCGAUAUUUGGAGAAGAGACAUCUACAGCAUCCUUGGAGAAACCCAUCGGCUUCACCGCCUCCCGCUCGACGCACGUUUCACUACAGUCCGCCUUCGCGAAAGUAACAUCGGCAACUUUGUCUGCGACAUCAUGCGCUUGCACUACCACGCCGACAUAGCAAUAAUGGCCGCUGGCACGAUCCGCGGCGAUCAGAUAUACCCGCCUGGUCCGAUACGAGUUAAGGACGUAACGGAUUGUUUCCCGUUUGAGGACCCCGUCGUGGUGAUCAAGGUUAAGGGGAAAGCAGUUUGGGAAGCGCUCGAGAACGGCGUUUCUUUGUACCCGGCUCUGGAAGGCAGGUUUCCGCAGGUUUCGAAUAUCAAGUUUACGUUUGAUCCGUCGUUGCCGCCUGGAAGCAGGGUGACGGAUGUGCAAGUUGGUGAUGGGCCGAUUGAUCUUGAUAAGGUCUAUGUUAUGUCGACGAGGGGAUACAUGGCCCGUGGCAAGGACGGGUAUACUUCCCUGCUCAUCAAAUCUGAAGGUGGCGAAUGCGAGGAGGUCGUUUCCGAAGAAAACGGCAUCUUGAUCUCCAUGUUGCUGAGACAAUAUUUCAUGGCCCUUAAAGCGCUAGAUAAAUGGGCCUUUUGGGGUGCAGACGAGGAUAAACACUGGGGAACCGUCGUCAAGGGCGUAGACGAAGGACGUGAACCUGCCAAGGGGCCUAAGAGCUUGACAUCAACACUAGAACCUAAGACGGGAGACGGGUGCGACAAAGAUACCUGCGUCAUCGACAAUGACAACGAGACCACCACCAUCACAGACGCAGAAGCCAAACAAGACGAAGCAAUCGAACCCACACCCCCCGGCCAAUCCGGCAAGGGAACUUCCAAGCCACUUAGCAACUGGACAUUCUGGACACCCGCCAAACUCCGCGAACGUCGCUCAACAGUCAAGCCCCUCAAAGAAUCUCAAACAUCCGUAGGCGACACCAGCGCUUCGGGGUCCAGCGACAGCGAAAGCGGAAAUAGUCGACCUAGUUCAAGAGUCAGAGGCAAAGCGGAGGAUGUAAGACAGAUCGAUCGCGAGCUGAGGAUUAUGCGGAGAGUGGCGAGGAAGUGGUGCAGACUGGCGGGCGUGAAGAGUCAGGCUUGUGAUUGUUUGGAUGAGGGCGAGUUUGAUGUCCCGUGGACCAAAGCGGUGGCGCCGAGGGUGGAGGGGAGGAUUGUUGAGGUUGGGGCGGCUGCGUAG